CUGCUGCCGUCAUCUGCCGAUCCAUAUCUCUGAUCGGAAUCUCAGAUCCCCUCUUCCUUGCGGGGACCCCGCAUCUCUCGGCUUCGUCAACCCAUUCGGAUAACUGCAUCCUUGCUGUUUCUGCCAAGGACAUAUACCCAUCUUCAUCAUCUCGAAGAGCUAUUGUCUCUAGACCAAGCUAGCUGCUUACGUACCUAACAUCUAGUCCGUUAUCAUGCCUGUGUAUAUCCCCUCCACCCGCAAAGUCGCCGUCUGCCUCGAUACCCAACAUAUUACGGUUGAAGAGCGCCCAAUUCCAACACCUCGCGAUUCGGAGGUUCUGCUGCAGAUUGAAGCUGCGGGGAUCUGCGCGACAGAUUUACAUCUCGUCCGGAAGUCAAUCCCAUACCUCCAACGCAAGGUGGAUAUCUGUGGCCAUGAGGGUGUUGGACGGAUCGUUGCCGUGGGACCGGAGGUAGAUGCUGCGCAGUGGCAGAUCGGAGACCGAGUCGCACAUCGAUGGAUCUAUGAUGUUUGCCUGGAGUGUGAGAUGUGUCGAGGGGACAAUGAACAGUUAUGUGAUUCCAGGAAGCUGAGUGGGAAGGACGUGGAGGGAUGUUGGGGUGAAUAUACGAUUGUCAACACGCGGUAUCUCAUGCGCAUCCCGGAGGAUAUGUCUGCUGUUGAAGCUGCGCCGACACUGUGUGCCGGCACAACUGCAUACAGGGCACUUCGAACUGCCGGUCUUGCUCCUGGCCAGUGGGUAGCUAUUGUCGGAGCUGGGGGCGGCUUGGGACAUUUAGCAGUACAAUACGCACGAGCGAGCGGCCUCCGGGUCCUAGGCAUCGACACAGGCUCAAGCAAACGAGAGCUCUGUGGCCGACUCGGAGCGACUGCUUACGUCGACUUUAUGGAGUCACAGGACCUCGCAUCAGAUAUCAUUCAGCUGACUGAUGGUGGGCCUCAUGGAGUGAUCGUGGUCAGCUCCAGCACCAAGGCAUACGAGCAGGCCUUAACAUAUGUUCGGAAGACGGGCAUCAUCGUCUGCAUUGGAAUCACACCAAACAAGAUGAACUUCCCUGUUGGUCCCGAAUAUUUCGUUGCUCGCGGUAUCCGACUCACCGGCAGCAGCACAGGGACGAUGAAGCAUACUCAGGAAGCGUUGGAGUACGUCCGUGAUGGUCGAGUGAAGCCGAGGAUUGUUGAGACCCGGUUGGAAGAGAUUGAGGCGUGUUUGCAGGCGCUGGAGAAAGGGGAGGUGGAGGGUCGUUUUGUGGCUACUUUUGAUCGGAGACAUGGCCGUCUAUAACAUCUCAUACAACUUCGCGCUUUGCGGCCUUCUUUGUCUUAUUCUCAGUCCAUCCCUGACUCCAUGUAUCCUACUUUUGAUUGACACAAAAGUAUACAACAUCCAAGGCUUUA